CUCCAAGCAGAACCAGUAUUCCUCACAGGCCGGGAAGAUGCUGCCGCGAUCCCUCGCGGCCGCGGCGCGCUUGCCGGCGGCGGCGCGCAGGCGUCUCCUCCACCGUGGCAGCGCCGGAGGCGGCGGCGCUGAGGAGCAGGUGGAGAGCAUGGCGUACCGCAUGUCGAUGCUGCGGGCUCCUUCUGUUGUGAGGAAGAAGGGGAUACUUUCCUGUAACUCUUGCAGCCUCAUCGGCCGCCUCGACGCGCCGGUGCGCCCGUGCAAAGGCAGAUCCGAAGAAGAUCCGUUGGCUUACACUUUCCUCUCCGUUCGUCACUCUUCGUCCUCGUCGUCAUCGAGGUCAUCCGACUUCCAGGUGACAUUGAAUUUCAGUGGUGAUCUCGCAAAUGUAGGCCUCAAGUAUUUGAAGCACGACGACCUUGUUUAUGUAUACGGUUUUCUGAGCUCUUAUCAUAAAGUCAGUCCACGGGGUGAACGGCAUAUUUUCUAUAAGAUUCAUGUCAAGGAGUUGAAUUACGUUCUUGAUCACAACAAGAAGUCCAGGAAUUCUGAUGACUCGGUAGAUCCAGCAUCAACACCAUCUGCUGACACUCAAGUACUCGAAGAAGAUAAGUACAAAGACCGGCUUCGUUUGUGGCAAGUCUUCUUUGCGAGCCCUUACGAGUGGUGGGACAACCGACAAUCCAAACCACACGUCAAGUACGCUGAUUUCAAGCACAGAGACACUCGUGAGAAGCUAUGGCUUCAUCCAGAUGACCCUCCUUGGGUAAGAAGACAGCUUGAAUUGCACGACCAGGAAACAGCAGUGAGUGGUCGCAGGGACGCCAGACGGCGUGUCGACCGUGGAUGGAACACUCAAGAUUUCAGCUACUCUGAUGAGUGGCACAAUGACGAGCAAGAAACACAGCGCCAGGCUAAUGCAUGACUGGAUCCUGCAAUAAAUUUGGACUGAUGAUGUGGUUAUCCUGCUGAUUAUUCUUUGCUUGACUGUAAAUCUGACUGAAGUGUAUAGAUGGUAGAGAAGUUGAUCACAGCGAUGGUCGACUGCCUGGUUAGUAUUGUGGGUUGCAAUUUGUGUACAUGUAGUGCUGACACAAAUUUCUGGCGAUGAAAAAAAAACUGCCAACGUGUUUGAUCUUUAUUA